GCCCCCAAUUCGAUCCACACAGUUUUGGUUGAAGACCUUCUCGAUCACGCCUGCAAAAGUUCGUCUCUCUCGCUCUCGAUCCUCCUCGCAAGCAUCGAAUUCGCCAUGGACGCGUUCGGUUCCUUCUUCCAAUCGAGCAACCGCAAGGGUUGGAGCUACGAUUCCCUCAACAACUUCCGCCAGAUAUCGCCCGCCGUCCAGUCUCACCUCAAGCGGGUUUAUCUGUCCUUAUGUUGUGCCUUGAUCGCUUCGGCUACUGGUGCUUACCUGCAUCUGUUGUUGAACAUUGGCGGGCUUCUCACGACAUUUGCUUGCAUCGGAAGCAUUGUAUGGCUACUUUCUACUCCUCCAUAUGAAGAGCAAAAGAGGUUUGGCCUGCUCAUGGCGGCAUCUCUCUUUGAAGGAGCAUGUGUUGGUCCUCUCAUCGAAACGGCCAUCAGAAUUGACCCGAGCAUUCUGAUAAGUGCAUUUGUGGGAUCUGCGGUGGCCUUCGCUUGUUUCUCAGGCGCAGCCAUGUUGGCUAGGAGGAGGGAGUACCUAUAUCUUGGUGGCUUGCUUUCUUCUGGACUUUCCAUGCUCAUGUGGUUGCAAUUUGCCUCUGCUAUCUUUGGUGGAUCUGCAGCCAUCUUUAAGUUUGAGAUAUACUUUGGGCUUUUAGUGUUCAUUGGCUAUGUGGUAGUGGACACUCAAGAGAUAAUCGAGCAAGCACACCAUGGUGAUAUGGACUAUGUGAGGCACGCGUUAAACCUCUUCACUGAUUUUGUGGCUGUUUUUGUCCGAAUCCUUAUCGUCAUGUUAAAGAACUCUGCUGAGAAGAAUGAGAAGAAGAAGAAGAAGAGAAACUGAAGUGGUCGUGGGCUGAUCGUGGCGAAGAUCCAUCUCGUACUCCGUGCUUUCUUCUAUGAAAAUUUGGACUGAACGAUGUUUGAUAGUUUCUGCGUGGGUGUCGUGUUUUCCCCCCCUUUUUGUAUAUACAAUCACAAUCUGACCUUGUUCUUCGGUGUCGUGCCCCGCAAGUCUUUUUUAAUCUGUUUUGGCAUGUCGUCGCACAUUUUCUACUGCUUACUGAUAAGUCUAAGGUGAAUGAAUAAAUAUGCAAGUUUAACUUGCAA